AUGAAAAAAAGUCAUGGAAUGAUUUUUUUGUUAAUUGUUGUGCUAAAUUAUUCCUGUAAAUUAUGUGCCAAUGCGGGUCCCACUCCACAGCAAGAAAAGGAGUUGUUAUUAUUGGAUGCGCUGGAUAAGCGACAAAGCGUCUUUAAUGGAUAUGGCACGAGUAAUUCGCUCAUGGAUAUGUUGGGAAGAAUGAUUCCUCAAACGUGUCGCUACAAAGGUCGUAAAUUUGAAUGUGGACUAUCGAUAUCGUGCGUACUGAGUGGCGGAAAACCGGUAGACAUGUGUUCGGGCGGCAUGAUAUGGUCAUGUUGCGUCGACAGAGAAACGCCCGCACAGCAACACGACCCGGAGGAAAAUAGUGUGUCAGCGGUACAAAAUGCAACUUGCGGUGAACUUUUUACGCGUUCAAAUCGGAUCGUUGGAGGUCAUUCUACGGUAUUUGGGAGUCAUCCAUGGCAAGUUGCGCUGAUCAAAACUGGAUUUUUAAUGAAAAAAUUGAGUUGUGGCGGAGCUUUGAUCUCAAAUAGAUGGUGCAUUACCGCAGCGCAUUGUGUAGCCACCACUCCAAACGCCAAUCUCAAAGUUCGUUUGGGAGAAUGGGAUGUCAGAGGACAGGAAGAAGUAUUAGGACAUGAGGAGUACACCAUCGAACGCAAAGAAGUCCAUCCAAAUUACUCUCCAAGUGACUUUAAAAACGACAUUGCUUUGAUCAAACUCGAUCGAAAAGUCAUCUACAAACAACACAUUCUGCCGGUUUGCCUUCCUUCACCUACCACAAAACUCGUUGGCAAGAAAGCAACUGUCGCUGGCUGGGGCAGAACUCGUCAUGGUCAAAGCACGGUGCCGUCAACGCUGCAAGAAGUCGAUGUCGAAGUCAUUCCGAACGACAGAUGUCAAAGAUGGUUCCGUUCUUCGGGGCGACGAGAAACGAUUCACGAUGUCUUUUUAUGUGCCGGCUUCAAAGAAGGGGGACGAGAUAGUUGUCAAGGUGACUCCGGAGGUCCAUUAACACUCACACUCGACGGAAGAAAAACCCUUAUUGGGCUUGUGUCAUGGGGAAUCGGUUGUGGUCGCGAGCAAUUACCAGGCGUCUACACGAAUAUCCAGAAAUUUGUGCCUUGGAUUGAAAAAGUGCUCGGAAAGGAUCUGAACGACAAAUAA